GAUCCAAAGAGACGGCGUUCCUGCAGGCGGUUCUGGCAGCGGCUCUGGUCCACACCGUGACCCGGGCCUGCAGUCAGGGCAACAUGACGGAGUGUGGCUGCGACGCGCGGCUGCGAGGAGGCGGAGCUCCGCAGGGGGGCGUGUCUCUGCAGGGGGGCGGGUCUCCACAGGGGGGUGGGUCUCCGCAGGAGGGCUGGCACUGGGGCGGCUGCUCGGACCACAUCCAGUACGGGAUCUGGUUCAGCCGCAGGUUCAUCGACGGGACCGUCAGAAACACGACGAGCGUCAGAGGAGGAUUCACGCUGAGCAGUGCCUACAUCCACAACAGUGAGGCGGGGCGGCAGGUGAGAACAAAACAACCAGGUUCUAUACCUGCAGGGGUCAAACAACCAGGUUCUAUACCUGCAGAGGUCAAACAACCAGGUUCUAUACCUGCAGAGGUCAAACAACCAGGUUCUAUACCUGCAGAGGUCAAACAACCAGGUUCUAUACCUGCAGAG